AUGGGCACCGGGGGAAAUAUUUGGAGAUCUCCUGUCAACCAGAAAUCGAAUCUCAAAAAUGACAAGAACAUAAACAGGAAAAGUGCCUUGAAGAUUAUACACGAUGUGCAAGCAGAGAAAUUCGACACCAUCCAAUGCGACCACACAGAUAAUAUACAAUUUCAUCGUCAUCAGAACAAGAGUCAAAAGGCGAAGUAG